CUUCUGCUGUGCGGAAAACUUCAAGCAAGGAGAAUGCUGAUGUUGUGGAGGCAUCUGGAGGUCCAGCGGUAGUUGCUAGUGCCGCUUCGUCCACCACUCCAGUGACAACACCAGCUACUUCAUCAUCCAGCUCUUCCUCAACUACACCUUCUACAACAGGACCAGGAAAAGGUGUCUCAUCCACGCAAGCGCAACAAGAACCAGCCGCUUCCUCUUCCUCCUCAAGCAGCUCCAGCUCCAGCAUUAUGCCUGCGAUGCCUUCUUUGUCGGCUGAAGUUGAGUGGGAGCGAUUCGAGAUCAAGGCUAAAUCUCACUCAGUCAACUGCGUUCACGAGAUGGUGAAGCCCAAAGGCUACGCAAGCCCCCAGCUCGGCGACGACUUCGAGCCCAAAGCCAAACAGUAUCCCUACGUCCUCGACACCUUUCAGCGACGCGCGGUCGAGUG